AUGCAGAAGAACGUGAUCUUGGCUAUUGCGGGUGCAACCGUAGUUGUUAUUUUGAUUGCCACUGGUAUAACUUUAGCAGUAGUCCUCACAAGGAAGAGUCCUGACCCAGAUCCUGAAGAAGACCAAAACUCCACAACGACUUUGCAAACGUUGGACUCCUCUGCUGUGACUGAAACUACGCUACCAUCUACAUCUGAAACUUCUACAGAGAUUACUCGCGAGACUACUGUGACAUCAAUGUUUGCUCCGAUUUCAUCAUCAAUACCACCCAUAUCUGAAAUGUCCACUAAAGACUCUUCGGAGACCACCAUGACAUCAAAAUUUGCUUCUGUAAAUACCACUACUACCAGUCCAAUUACUGCAACGCCAACGUUGGCUACCGAGAAAUCAAUGCCUCCAUUUGCUGCUGCGGUAAAGAAAAAUCCCUAUAGAAAAGAGAUCGACAAAAAAUCGAGAUUUCAGUGGGCAGCCACGUUCCCCGAAGAUGUGGAAGGCCUAUCUGAGUCCACCGUAUUUAUAACAAGAUGCAUGUACAUUACUUUUAGUCACAUUCUUUCUUGUAGACGACUUAUGCCAUCCAACGUAUUUAAGAAAAGAACCAUUGAUGGUGAUCUUCGUGCUUAUGUAAUGGAUACAUCUGAACUGUUGGGAGCGAGAUUUGUGCAAAAGUUCAAAGGCAUUAAUAGUGCUGUAGAGAAGGGGUAUCUUCAUGAGCUGAUGCUCGUAGUAACUCCAACUGAAGAGGACGAUAAGGAUGCAAUUGAGAUGUACACUUGGAGAAUGCGUUACGACAUCGACGGUGAUCCUCAGGCAGAGCUAAGAAUGGGCGAUGGCACGGUGAUGGCAGCACUUCGCUUUCAAGGAAUGCAACAUUUAAAGAAACAAGUUACUGAGCUUUUGCUCAUGUUGAGGGCGUUAUGCAGGGAAUUGCUCAGUCCAUUGCCGCCAACAGCUUCGUCUGCUUUGCGAAUCACCUAUACAGACAGAACCCCCAAAGGAUACCAGGCUCCGGGCUUCUACCGUUCUCCAGAAGAUCCAAUUUUGAGGCCAGACGCGCAGGAGAUUGAAGUUGUUGCGUUUCAAACGAAGCAUCAUGGGGCGUCUGUGGCUGUAAAAAGUAUAUUCAUUGAUGAUGCCUAUGCAGUCGGACUGAGACUAAAGGAGACCAUGAAACUUGAUGGAUUGGAUGAUUCUCUAAAUCAGUCAUUCGGAGAAGAACAGGGAGCCGGUGACGAAGUUCAGGCUCCUUCUGACGAAACGCUGGAGCGCAUUAGUGGGCCUCUCGAGGGACAGAUAUUUGAUUACGUAACUUAUCAGAGCGAUACGGUGGAAGUGCCGCGUGGGGAACAAACUACAGACGAAAGAGAAGUUCAGGACACUUCCACAAUGAGUACAAGUACAAUGGGCGCGCGUGGAUCUUCGAUAAAUACAGUAUUGUCAGAGAGCAUCAGAUCGGAAGAACCACGUCCAAGACGUGGAAGACGUGGCCACCCAGCUGCCGCAAAAAUUAAACCGGGCCAACCUAUCGAAGAGCGAGCUAAGAGCCCAGUAGUUGUAUCUGGGUAUCUUCAUGAGCUGAUGCUCGUAGUAACUCCAACUGAAGAGGACGAUAAGGAUGCAAUUGAAAUGUACACUUGGAGAAUGCGUUACGACAUCGACGGUGAUCCUCAGGCAGAGCUAAGAAUGGGCGAUGGCACGGUGAUGGCAGCACUUCGCUUUCAAGGAAUGCAACAUUUAAAGAAACAAGUUACUGAGCUUUUGCUCAUGUUGAGGGCGUUAUGCAGGGAAUUGCUCAGUCCAUUGCCGCCAACAGCUUCGUCUGCUUUGCGAAUCACCUAUACAGACAGAACCCCCAAAGGAUAUCAGGCACCGGGCUUUUACCGUUCUCCAGAAGAUCCAAUUUUGAGGCCAGACGCGCAGGAGAUUGAAGUUGUUGCGUUUCAGACCAAGCAUCAUGGGGCGUCUGUGGCUGUAAAAAGUAUAUUCAUUGAUGAUGCAUAUGCAGUCGGACUAAGACUAAAAGAGACCAUGAAACUUGAUGGAUUGGAUGAUUCUCUAAAUCAGUCAUUCGGAGAAGAACAGGGAGCCGGUGACGAAGUUCAGGCUCCUUCUGACGAAACGCUGGAGCGCAUUAGUGGGCCUCUCGAGGGACAGAUAUUUGAUUACGUAACUUAUCAGAGCGAUACGGUGGAAGUGCCGCGUGGGGAACAAACUACAGACGAAAGAGAAGUUCAGGACACUUCCACAAUGAGUACAAGUACAAUGGGCGCGCGUGGAUCUUCGAUAAAUACAGUAUUGUCAGAGAGCAUCAGAUCGGAAGAACCACGUCCAAGACGUGGAAGACGUGGCCACCCAGCUGCCGCAAAAGUUAAACCGGGCCAACCUAUUGAAGAGCGAGCUAAGAGCCCUGUAGUUGUAUCUGCAUCUCCUAAGAGGUUGACCACACCGGGCCCUGAAAUGGAGGUGGUUUUUGGUGUUUUCUUCAUAAAGAAGCAAUUAUUGCAAAAAACAUCGAUUUCCUUGACUUUUCAGGUCAACCAUGACACUCCACCUACAAAGAGAACUCCUGAUUACUCCAAAGCAGCCACCGAUAAGGAGGAGAUAUUAAGGCCCCGCGAGAUGCACAAACAAGGUGCAAAUGAAGUACCUCAACACUUCCCUUGA